AUGGAGCCAGCGUUUAAGCGCCUGCGGCAGCCCAAGAACUGGCUAUACAUGUUGUAUCUGGCAUCAAACUUUUCCAGCACUGACCCAAGAGAUAUGAUAUAUGGUCUCCAUGGUUUAAUGAGUAUUACACGGGGCAGUGAGCUCCUCUAUCCUGACUAUGACAAAUCGACGGUGGAGGUUUACAUGGACUCUGUCGCUGCUGCUUUCGUCGACAUGCAGAACACAGAUGUGUUACUCUACGCUCCAGGCACGGAUCACCCAUCUUGGGUGUCCCGAUGGGAUCGGGCCAUGUUAUUUCGAAAUCCUUUCAGGUUUGGUAAAGCACUUCCAUGGAGUCCGUCACCUGAUUUGAAACCGACCUGGAGCAUUAAUGCAGAGUCAAAGGUUCUGGCUCUACGUGGCGUUCUUGGACAAGGCUUUGGGCUUGAACGCAGAAUGACGCGACGCGUCGUAACAACACUAAAACGCGCGAUGCUUGUUACCGCCGAGGAUACUGUAGGUGGAGAUUUGAUGGUGCAGGCGGCUCGAGGUUGUUAUUAA